GGUGUUGCGUUCUACACUGUUUGUUGUUUGCGUUUGUGGUUUUGGGGAAGUGCGACAGCGUCAACUUUGUUUACCCAAAUAAGAAUCGAAACAAUGAAGCCAAGGCAUCCUACUGGAGACAGCUUGCGAUGGAUGAAAUUCGUAGACGAUCUGAGUACCAGCCAAAUACAAGAAGGGCUCGCAACAUAAUCUUCUUCUUGGGCGACGGCAUGGGUAUAUCGACAGUGACUGCGGGACGGAUCUACAGGGGCCAGCGGCGCGAUGGGUCGAGUGGAGAGGAAGGCUGCCUCUCCUGGGAUCGUUUUCCUCACGUUUCUCUGCACAAGACUUACGGACUCGAUGCACAGACGUCGGACUCUGCGAACACAGCUACGGCAUACCUGUGCGGCGUCAAGGCAAACGUUAAAACGAUUGGGGUUGAUUCAAGAAUCAAGGCAGGUGAAUGCCACACUGACAAGACAACCCACGUGUCAAGUAUCAUGACCUGGGCGCAGACGGAAGGCUUGUGGACCGGUCUCGUGACCACAACGUCAGUUACACAUGCGAGUCCAGCUGGCACCUAUGCACAUGUCGGACACAGGGGGUGGGAGGGCUAUGUGCCGAACCACUGCAUGGUCAAUGACACAAAAGAUAGCGCCCGCCAACUUGUAGAAGAAAGUCCAGGUAACGAGUUCAGGGUAAUCUUAGGCGGGGGUCGUAUGAAUUUUAUAAACAAUACACAAAACGAUGAAGAAGGACUGAAGGGAAAUCGUAGAGACGGAAGGAACUUGAUUGAACAAUGGAUGAAAUCAAAAGAAGGAAAGAGCAACGCCCGUUACAUUUGGAGCAAGGAACAAUUACUGAGCGUUGAUCCAUCGACCACUGAUUAUCUACUUGGUCUACUGGGCUCAACUCGCCUACCUUUCGUGAUGGAACAAGAUAAGAACUGCAGUAGCUACCCUACUCUACAAGAAAUGACAGAGGUAGCAAUAAAAAUACUACAGCGAGGACCAAAAGGAUUUGUCCUAUUUGUCGAAGGUGGUCUUAUUGAUUAUGCUCAUCACGCCAAUCGCGCUGCCUUUGCUUUGGAAGAAACCGUUGGAAUGGACGACGCAGUGAUAUCAGCAAUGAAGCUUGUCGACACAAAGGAGGCGCUGAUUUUAGUUUCUGCUGAUCAUUCCCAUGCCUUCACGAUAGGAGGAAAACCGGAAAGAGGAAAGGACAUUCUUGGGAUAGGAGGCUACUCGACAGAUGGCUAUCCAAUUACUACACUUUCCUACGCCAACGGCCCGGGUUAUAAUGAAACAAAAGUAAACUACACAGACGCUGAAACAACGGAUCCUAACUUUGUCCAGAAGGCAACGUUCCGAAGGUACCUAGCCACUCACGGGGGAGAAGACAUCGCCACGUACGCCAUCGGACCCUGGUCCCAUCUCUUCUCUGGCGUACAGGAUCAAACAUAUAUUCCUUAUGCCAUCUCCUAUGCUGCCUGCUUCGGUCAGUUUGCUGGCAGCAAUUGUCACACGUGCAAGACGUCCACCGGUUAAUUGACGCUUUGUUUCAAUUUUUUUAUUCUAUUGUAAGGUCAUGAGAGAUGCUUUUCGUUAUUGAUACUUUGCUUUUCUACUGCGGAUAUCACUGCAAACGUACGUGUGUUAUCAUAUCAGGCUAGAAUGCGAAAACUAUAAAAGACUCCACUGAGUGAAAAAGACGUGUACUUCAAAAGACAACAAGGAGAACGGGAAGAGGA